AGCAGCCGGAGCCUUCCCAUGCUGUCUCCCUUCCCUAUUCUUUAUCAGUGGUUUGUGUUGUCUUUUGCUGUUGGUGUUCAUUUGGUUGUUUUCUUUUAAUGAGUAACUUCUUUGAAACCUCCACCAGCUGUGCAGGCCCCCGGGUCCCGGCAGGCCAGUCCCACCCCAGAACCAGGACCUGCAGCUCCCCUACAAGCCUGUUACCUGCCUUGGGUUUCGGUGCCAGCCUUUCCUCGCUCUGAGCCACCUAUGCUACAUGUUUAAUUCGGCAACGCUGGCAUUACGCAAAAGCUGUAACAACCAGCCACCUAACGUCAGCCUUCAGGAGUCCCAUCAAAGGCAAAUACUCAUCUAUGUCAUUGAUCCCAUAACUGGAGGGGACGUGCCAAGGUAUUGCCCUGAAUGCAGUAUUUCUAAACCCAAACUACACCUAGCUGCUGGAUCAACCCCCACGAGGCCCGACAGCACCCUCUAGCCAUAGCAGAGUGGGACACGGCGCUCUCUGCCACCCUUUUCUGUCCUGGGCGUGCUCCUGCAAGGGAGCCUGUUCUGGGCACGCAGGCGUGGAAAGCCCCUUCACACGACAAGCAUGUCAGCCCUGUGGUCCCACAAGUUUUUCUAGGAGCAAUCCCCCACAGCAGCUAGGCUGGGUGGAUGUCUUGUCCCACCCCAUUACGUGCCCAGGAGGCCUAGGAAAAAGGCAAGAGGUGCUCCUCAGUCUGCUGCUGAUCUAUUACUCCCAUUGCCUGAGCAGCAGAAAUUUUGGACAAAGAGAUACUCUUCAUCUCCCAACAGGCUGGGGAGAGAGCGGGGAAGCCCAUGCAGCAGUGCCUUGGUGGCGCAGGCGGAGGGUCUCCUGUGUGCCACACAACCUGCGCAGACAGACCCCGCUCAGCACCCCAGGGAGCAGUCCCUUUUGGGGAAGCUGAAGCCCUGAUGCCGCAGGGGCUGAGCCUGUUCCAGCGGGAUUGUGCAAACUCAAACCCCAGUGUUUCUCUGCAAGAUGAACUUGGUCCAAAUCUCCACAGUGCACUUUGCACUCUCACUGUGGUGACCUCAUGCCAGCUCUCUCAGCAGUGUUUAAAGUCCAGGGGAGGAGGCAUGCUUACCUGCCUCCUACACACAACAGCUCGCUCCCACUCCUCCCUGCCUGCACAUCUGCCUGGACGAGGGCUCCAGAGCCUGGAUCGGGACUGCAGCAUGCGGCUGCUUUUCAAGGCAGCGGUUCUGUGCCUGACCCUGGGCUUAGGGCAAUGCACCGAGGAAACAACACAGGAGAACACCAUCCACCACGCUCCCCAAGCAGAGUCAUCCUACUCAGAGUGGGGCAUUGAGGCCAUCCGGGACAGCUUUGAAAUGGUUAACAGCUACUUCGACUCCUUCUUGGAACUGCUUGGGGGAAAAAACGGUGUUUGUCAGUACAGAUGUCGAUAUGGGAAGGCUCCAAUGCCGCGACCUCACUACAAACCCCAGGAACCCAACGGCUGUAGCUCCUAUUUUCUGGGGCUCAAGCUAGAUUUGGGCAUCCCUGCCAUGACCAAGUGCUGUAACCAGCUAGACAUUUGUUACGACACCUGCGGGGCCAACAAAUACCGCUGCGACGCCAAAUUCCGCUGGUGCCUCCACUCCAUCUGCUCCGACCUCAAGCGCAGCCUUGGGUUUGUCUCCAAGGUGGAAGCUUGUGAAUCCAUCGCAGACACAGUGUUCAACGCUGUCUGGACCCUGGGCUGCCGGCCCUUCAUGAACAGCCAAAGGAGUGCCUGCAUUUGCAACGAGGAAGAACGAGAUGAAUUGUGAGGAAGAGCAGAUGCCCGGCCUCCAUGAGCCUGCUGCCAAGUGUCCCCUCUCUGAUACCACACUUCAGCGCAGUGAUUUCUAUCAGCUCUUUGGCCUAGCAGAGGAUGGGGGGACCUGCGCCAAGCAAUACACAUCAACUACAGCUUUUGGACAGAGGGCUAUGAAAGGGGAGACAGCCUGUGAAUAUAGGGCAGUGAUGCCUGCUGUCCACCACAGAUGCAGUUCAACAGCCCUAUCCCUUUCCAGGUCCAUCAGCCUGAAUGAUCUGAUGCCAAUUUUCUCUGCAGACUGAUCAGGAGAGGCAAGCAGGAUGCAGCACUGGUUAUAAACAAGGAGCUUUACUUGUUUGUUUCCCUUAGACACACAUGUAUGAGCUCCCCCCGCCCCUUAACUCUCUAAUUUGUGGUGCAAGGCAUUAGGUUUCUGCAACCCCUGAAAAUCCCAGUCCAUGGACACACUAUUUACAUUUUUCUACCACUGGUGACAGACCAAAGAGGAGGGGUAAUUUGCUUUCCGUAUGUUGCUCGCACCCAUCCCUGACAUUUUCCAUCCUACCGUUACACACCCUGACAACUCUGUUUAUUUAAAUACUUGGUGGAUCCUAAACCGAUUUAAAACAUCUGGGGAUUUGGUAAGCAUGAGAAGGACUUUUUUUUAAGUGUUUGUGAUACAGACACAAUUCAUAUUUGGGCAGAAAGGUGCCAAAGCCCAUUGCGUCUGACGUGAAAUCACAGCACUCUCCCACAGUCUCAGGAGAGGGAGCCGCUUUUCUUUUACAGCGUCAUCCAGAUCUAUUUCAUUAUUUCCCUCCUAUAUCAUUUAACAAAGUUUUUCCCUUAGGAUCCCUUUUUACACAAAAUGGCUGGAUAUCCACCUCCAUCUUUUGCAUGAGGGAAACAGGAGGCUCACAUUUGCCUUGGAUGAGAGAUUCAAAAUCCCAGAGGCUUAUCUGUCAGGUGGCAGAGCUUACAUGCUACCUCUGUGGGGCAGAGACACUGCCAGCUGAGGAGUGAUCAGCAGCCUCAGACAGCAUUCUUCCCAAAAUAUGGUUAAUACUUCCAUCUGUCAUCAGGAGCUUUUAUUGCAUGCAAAAUUAGAAUUUAAAGUGGUAUGUGGAAUUUCAUCUACAUAUAACAUUUGCAGACAGCUUUCAUCUGUGCUUCUUGUUGAAAGGAAGUUGCUACUGGGUGCGCGUGCCACGCCACGUAAAUACUUCAGCGUCUUCUGCAAACGUAUUUAUGGUUAUGUUCUUCCAUCUGCCACAGAAAAGUUAAGGCUACAGAAGGGUGAUUUAACAAGAAUGGAAAGAGCCUGUCUUAGUUACUUUUCUUCUAGUUUGUGUUUAAAUGUAUGCACGGAGCUAUGAAUUAUUUAAGCCCAGUAUUCCCGUUCUUGUCAGUUAUCUUUGCUUCACAGUGAACAGCAAUGAGACAUUUAUCUGGCCCCAAACAGACUGAAACAACAAGACCCCACUGGUAUUAAGACCAGGAAAAUGGAAGUGACCGCAUGAAGUGUACUGGGAUGUUUUCCAUUAAGGAGGACCUUAAUUUACACUGAUCAGAUGCAAUGACAUUCUUUCCUACCUGUUCUAAUGCCACUGGAGAGUGAAUAAUGCAUUGCCAAGGUUCAUCGCAGUGUGUGUCUAUCAGAGGAUGAGACUGGACAGACAAUCUUUAUUACCCAUCUAAGAAACACGUAUUUUUGGCCAGGGAUGGGAAGGAAACAUUCCUCAUUCCAGACACUUCCCAAACUUUGUGUUUCGUUGGUGAAACGGUGGACAUUGCCAGUUUUAAAUGUGAGCAUACUCUUAUGAUUAAAUGUCAAAAUUAAAAAACAAAAACAAAAAAUAUCUUGUCUAAGCUUAAUAGCCAACUGGCUGGCAAAUGUCUUAAAGCAUUUUAUAGUUCAAGUGAUACCAGAUUAAAGCCAGGCCAAGCAACUGACAACAGAUGAUGCUAUAUACUGGAGAAAUUGAAGAAUUCUGAACAAAAGCUCUCUAUCCAGACACUGAUGCAUUGGAGACACCACUAAUACAAAUCAUAAUUUCUUCAUGCUUUCAGACCACCAUUCAUCCCAAAACACUACAGACUGCUGCACACAGGGCAGCUACUGAAUAAGUACAUUUUUCACUAUGAAGUUAGGCUGUGGUAAUCUGAAAAACCGCACGAGCAGCUCUGCAAGGAAACUUUUGAACCUUCAAGCAGUGGCAGUAACUCAAGAAAACCACCAGAUAAUCCUGCGUAGGAGAAAACCAGUGCAUGAACUAAAGUAAAACUUCUGCAUCCAAACUAAAAAUUGCAUCCCUUCCAUGCUGCUCCUGCUACCCAGUGGUGUACAGCCACUAAAGCAGCUGAUCAUGGGAUUCUCAAGGUCAAUGCACAAACCUUGGGUCAUCUUCACUUCCACCCUGCUCGGAGCAGGAAGAUGACACUGUGCUCACCUGAUGGCUUCCUGUUGACUUUGUGUAUUGGCAGGAUUAUUUGCAACUCUUGCUGAUAUCAAACUCAUUCGGCCAGCGUGCCCUCUCCUAGUAAUGGUUCCCCAAACAGCAAUCUCUAUGUUUCCACUGAGGACAUAAAAGCAGGGACUAGGAUGGCAGGUAAUAGGUGUUUAUUCCUGUCAAACAUUUACUUUACAUCCUAAGAGAAAAUGAGGUGGCACCAGCCAGAAUAUACCAACCACACACAUUGGGCAGCACUGAUGCAGCUCGGACUUUGAACUAUGGUUGGCAGUGCUGGUCGGACCUUCGGGAGCACUGGUUGGGUACGUUGCCUUCUUGCACACACAGUGCCUGCUUGUGCAGUGUGUUUUGCUUCCACUCUAUGGCGUGGCAGAUUAAAUUAAACGUACAAAUCCCUCGGC